ACCACCACUGCCCACCGCCGCUGCCCACCGAUCCUCCAAGCAUCCCUGCUCUGCAGCCACCCGUGACGAGGGUCCCUCGGCCCCUGACCACGCACCAGGCAGCACCGGAGGGCUCGGCAGAGCCCGGUCCGGUCCCGGGCUCGUCCCGGGCCGCCCCGUCGAGAGGGCACCGGCUCGGGGCGGCCCCGGACCCCGCCGCUCCGCCGCUGACUGCGCUCCCAAACCCCCGCCGAGGAUGAGGAGCCGCCCGGUGCUGGCGGUGCUGCUCGUCCUGGCGCUGCCGCUCGCCCUCGCCCGCCGCCGCCCCGCCGCCGCCCCGCAGGGUCCCGCGCCCCCCGCCCAGGGGAUGCCCGACCCGGAGCCGCUGCCCUGGAGCGCCCGCGGCAGCCCCGGGGCCGCCGCCGCUGCCGCCGCCGCGCUGGAGCUGCUGCGGGAGGAGGGCGCCGGUCCCCCCGCGGCGCCGCAGAAGCGGGACAUGCACGAUUUCUUCGUGGGGCUCAUGGGCAAGCGGGCGGCGGAGCCCGGGCGAGCGGCGGGGCGGGGAGAGGGCGGCCCGGCCCCCCGGUGCUCACCGGGGACCCCCGCGCCCGGUCAGGCUCCGCUGCGAGCCCUAUGAGUCGCGGGACGAGCCCCCCACGCCCGGGGGCCGCGGGACCGGCUGUGGGGGCGUCCCGGGCGCCGCCGCCCACGGAGCCAUCGUGGGACCCCUCCGGGAGCGCGGCCGUCCCGCUCCGCGCGCGUGUCCGCGCACCCGUGUAUACCCUCA